UUUCUUCACUAAUUCUCUUUCACAGCUCUCUCCUCCUCAACUUCGGAAUCUUCUCAACUUGUUCGAUUUUUUCCAGAAGCAAUCAUGGUUAAAGGUCCAGGACUCUACACCGAAAUCGGCAAAAAAGCCAGAGAUUUGCUCUACAAGGACUACCAAGGCGACCAGAAAUUCAGUGUUACCACUUACUCUUCCACUGGUGUUGCGAUCACUACAACUGGAACAAACAAAGGAAGCGUGUUUUUGGGUGAUGUUGCUACCCAAGUGAAGAACAAGAACUUCACUGCUGACAUCAAAGUUUCAACUGAUUCUUCUCUUCUGACCACUUUUACCCUUGAUGAGCCUACCCCUGGAGUUAAGGCAAUAUUUAGUGCCAAGUUACCUGAUCAGAAAUCUGGCAAGUUUGAGCUGCAGUAUUUGAACGAUUACGCCGGUAUCGCCACCAGCUUGAGCUUGACAGGCAGCCCAAUUGUCAAUUUCUCCGGUGUGGUUGGAACCAAUGUUGUGGCUCUUGGUACUGACGUUUCAUUCGAAACUGAAUCCGGCAACUUCAAACAUUUCAAUGCUGGUGUGAGCUUCACCAAGGACGAUUUGAUUGCUUCCCUCACUUUGAAUGACAAAGGUGAGAAACUGAAUGCAUCGUACUACCACAUUGUGAACCCGUUGAGCAACACCGUGGUUGGAGCUGAGGUUAGCCACAACUUCACAACCAAAGAGAACGCCAUCACUGUUGGAACUCAACACGCGAUUGACCCAUUGACCACAGUGAAGGCAAGAGUGAACAAUGCUGGUAUAGCCAACGCACUGAUUCAACAUGAGUGGCGUCCAAAGUCGUUCUUCACGGUUUCUGGGGAGGUUGACUCUAGGGCGAUCGAGAAGAGUGCUAAGGUUGGGAUUGCUCUCGCUCUCAAGCCUUGAGAGAGAAGAGAAAGCCAACUUCAAAUGGGGGCCCUGAAUGAAGGGGUAGAAUAGUUAUUUCGUUUUCGUCUUCAAGUCUUUGGACAAAUCUGCCUGGCUUUCUAAAACAAUCGUUCAUUUGUUUUUUUUUUUUUGGUUUUUGGUUUUCGGUGUUUGGAUUUGUAGAAAAUAAGAAGAAAAAAGAAAAAAACUAUUGAAAGGAUCUUCUCAAGAAGAUGGAACCAUUAAGAUCCUUUUACUUGGUUCUCUCUCUAAUUAUUUUUGUCUGCUAAAAAAUACUCUUUGUUCCACUAAUUCCGAGUUAUUUAGUGGAUUUUUCUAAGAGAUU